CUCGCGAACCACGACCUUGUCUUAGCAUCAGUGAUCGAAGUACAGUAGAAUUAAGAAAGAAAGAAAGGAAAUAAGAAAAUGAAUAUUUCUCAGAAACACUGUGUAAGUGAAAGCGACUAGUAUUUGGUUACGAAUUUCUUAAUUUGGGUAUAUGAAAAGUGAGACUUUGCUAUCGUUGUUACAGGCGGUGCUGUAUCGGAGUCUCCUGCUGGCAGCGGCGACGUGGGUGGUGGCAGUGGCACAGUUCGUACCAGGCUUCUUGGUGGAGUCCGGCACUGAUCUCCAGGAGUGGCCUAAGAACCUGUCAUCGCUUUUCCCCGAGAAUACAUCGCCUGAGGAGCAGCAGGACUACUAUGCUAACGCCAUCGCCUCGGUCUUUGGCUCCGGCACCAUCGCGGCGCCCCUGCCAGAUCACAACCCCGUGGAGGAGGUGCUGGACGGCCGGGUGGAGCCAAACGGCGUCAGCUCAGAGGAGAUUCCUGGCCUGCAGGUCCUUCCCAACGGCACGGCUGUCGCGCCCUCCCAGGGUUCACAGAUUCCACCAUCCACUGGGCCCGAGGGGGACAGGUGCGCGAUGGUGCUGUUCUCUGUGGCCCGCGCGCACUACAAGCACAGGAAGGGAGGCACCCAGGGCACGCAGGUUCUCUUUGAUAAGGUGCUUUCGAGCGUCGGACCAGGUUUCAACCACACGGGCGGGUACUUCAGGUGCGAGUGCCCCGGCUACUACUUCUUCUCCAUCCACGGCGUGUCGCCCCUCCAAGGCCGAGCAAGACUGGACCUGAUGAGGAACCGGCAGCGUGUGGCGUCUUCGGAGGCUCAGUACUACGGCUUCGGAACCGCCGCUAACAGCGCCAUCAUCCGGGUUUACAGGAACGACAUCGUCUACGUGUAUCUGGCCGAAGGAUUCCUCUACGAGAACGACGCCCGCUUCAGGGGAUACGCCUCCUUCUCUGGUUUCAAGAUCGGAUGAGGAAAUAUUGCUUACGCGAACCACGGCCGAGAAGAUCAAGGUCCGAGGGGCUGGCCGUGGCUUCGUGUUCGUUCGCGGAGGCUGAUGGUCGGUUCGAACGAGGGGUUUCUCUGUUUUUUUGUUUUUUUUUAUGUCAUUAUUUUUUUUAAAUAAAAGGACUGGGACUUUU